UUGAGCUCGAAGUGGUUUAUCCUGUGAAACCAGCUUCGAACCGGCAUCAUGAAGUGGAUGGUCGUAGCCUUGCUCUGCCUCCCGCUCUUGGAGGCAGCUUUGCUGAGGAUCCCCCUGACGAAAAUGAAGACUAUCCGUGAGACCAUGAAGGAAAAGGGUGUGCUCAAAGAUUUUCUGAAAACCCACAAGUAUGACCCCGGCCAGAAGUACCGCUUUGGCAACUUUGGUGACUUCAGUGUACUCUACGAGCCCAUAGCCUACAUGGACGCAGCCUACUUUGGCGAGAUCAGCAUCGGGACUCCACCCCAGAACUUCCUGGUCCUUUUCGACACUGGCUCCUCCAACCUGUGGGUGCCUUCUGUCUACUGCCAGAGCGAGGCCUGCACCACACACCCCCGCUACAACCCCAGCGAAUCCUCCACCUACUACACCGAAGGCCAGACCUUCUCCCUGCAGUACGGCACCGGCAGCCUCACCGGCUUCUUCGGCUACGACACCCUGACUCUCCAAGGCAUUCAGGUCCCCAACCAGGAGUUUGGCCUCAGUGAGACCGAGCCCGGGACCAAUUUUGUCUACGCACAAUUCGAUGGCAUCAUGGGCCUGGCCUACCCCAGCCUGUCUGCAGGGGGCGCCACCACCGCCCUGCAGGGCUUGUUGCAGGAGGGCGCUCUCUCCCAGCCCCUCUUCGGUGUCUACCUCGGCAGCCAGCAGGGAUCUAAUGGUGGACAGAUUGUUUUCGGAGGUGUGGAUGAGAACCUGUACACUGGAGAGAUCACCUGGAUUCCUGUCAUCCAGGAGCUCUACUGGAAGAUUAGCAUUGACGAAUUCAUCAUUGGUGGCGAGGCCUCUGGCUGGUGCUCUGAUGGCUGCCAAGGCAUUGUGGACACAGGCACCUCUCUGCUCACCAUGCCCCCCCAGUACCUGAGUGACCUUCUGCAGACCAUCGGAGCCCAGGAAGGAGAGUACGGAGAGUAUUUUGUGAGCUGUGACAGCGUCAGCAGCCUGCCUACCCUCAGCUUUGUCCUCAACGGUGUCCAGUUCCCUCUGUCACCCUCUUCCUACAUCCUGCAGGAGAAUGGCUACUGCAUGGUGGGCCUUGAGUCCUCCUAUCUGACCUCUGAGGAUGGCCAGCCCAUCUGGAUCCUCGGGGAUGUCUUCCUCAGGUCUUACUACGCCAUCUUCGACAUGGGCAAUAACAGGGUGGGCCUCGCCACUGCCGUCUAGACUUGCCAUCUGGACACCCCGGGCCUUUUCCCCUCUCAGCCUUCCCCCCGCUUGUGAGGGGUACCCUACCCUCUGUCCUUGCUCUCCACAUCCAGUCUCCCCUUCCUGUACCUUAGAC